GUGGGUCCACGACAUCAGAGGCGAGCGCUACAAUUCUUUGGAACAUUGGAAGGAGUGGUGUGUUCCGUACACUGUGGCAUCGCUCUCACGUCGGUCUAUGCGCGGCCUCCGUCAGAACCUGGAGAAUUACUACCGCAUGUCGUUGCAGGACAUCGCAGAACAUUUAUGCACGCGCGCUUGGGUCACAGCGGAGCCGCACAGGGCUUUCUUCUUCAACACGCUCAACUCCAUCAGGAACCCUAGGCGCUACAGGAGAUUCCUGCGAUGGCAUUUCGACGACCUUAGUGAGCUGCGCCGACGGUUUCGACGCCUUCUCGGGAAUCGGGUUCCUCCAGAUCGUUCCUUUCCUGACCAAGUUGACGGCGACAUGGAGGACGAUCAGGCUCAGGAUCGAAUGUGCAUCUUCUGGGACUGGGUCAUACAAGCUAUUGGGGCCACUCAGGCUACCGAGAAGGAGGCGAAGGCUGACAUAGGAGAUGGUGCACAGUUUCGGGUGUACAUGCGUAAUAUGUCGACCUGGGGUACGUCGGCCAAGGCGCUGUUGAAGCGGUCCUACGACGCGGUCAUCAUCCAGGAGACCCACAUGGACAUGGCCGAAACCAAUGGCGUCUUGUUGGAGUUUGAUAAAGCUGGUUGCAAAAGUAUGGUGUGCCCAGCGGGUGCUGAGUCGGCUAUCUUCACGAAGAAAGCUGGUGGUGUCGCGAUGGGUGUCUCAAAGAAAUGGUCUUCUUGGUUACUCAGGCACUUGGCCUCCAACAAGGACGAGCUACCUGGUAAGCGAGCAGAUAAAGGCAAGAAGGACGUGGCGGCUCUUACCACUGGAGUUCGUUUUAAGGAUCUGGUCGGGAUGCAGGUGCUUUUGAAAGGUGCACAUCUCACGAUUAUCGGAGGCUACCUAUACAAUGGGUUGGGCAUCACGGGCGCCAACGUGGAGAAACUUAGACAUUUGGCCUCACUCGUUUCCUCUUUAUCGACACCUUGGGUCAUCUUAUGCGACUGGAACUUCCCUCCAGAUACCCUCCGCAAGGCCGGGUGGCUCAAUUUGGUCCAAGGCAAUAUCUUGGUGGCAGACAACGUGGACUACACGUACACUGGAGGGCAGGGUACGCUCCUAGACUAUGUUGUGGCCUCAGGGCCUGCCUUGGAGUACCUGGACCGCAUUCACGCCGACACGGACUUAGUGGGCGAAGGCGAUAAGUGGUCAGUUGAUCAGCGUGCCGAUCUUUGGUCGUCCAUCAGCAUACCUCAGGAUCAUUGCUGGUCGGAACCGCCGUCGUACGUCACGGACUCCCACGCUUGGCUGCUUACCUCUGAUAGCGCUGGCAAGUUGGGCAUUGCCUUCGGUGAGUGGGUUGGCAAGGUUGAAGAGUUCUUCAGCCACCUGCUCGACGGUGAGGGUCUGGACAAAGACAGCAAGGAGAAAACGGCUUGGUGCAGGAAGCUGCGGCAGCUCAACAUCGCCACGAACGACACCAUCAGGCGCUACAAGGACGAGAGCAGCAAGAUUGCUGCCAGCUUGCAGCGGAUGGAAUGUUACUCCCAGUAUCUGGCCUUCUCCCAAUGGGCGGAGGAGCAGUACGUUGCAGCACCUGGGAAGCUGUUUCGACUUAUCAAGGACAAGGCCACCUCGAAGGAUGAGUUCGAGGAAGGCCAGGUAAUAUCGUCGGACCCCCUCACGGCGAUGGACAUUCGGGCUAAGGUGUGGAAGAAGAAGUGGAGCGACCAGCAGCUCGACAUCGGCCAGGUCACCAUACUCUUGGGACGUGCUAGGGCUCGCGCUCGUGAAGAUGCUUUCCCUCUCUUCGACUUGGAGACGCUGGAAGACGGCAUCCGAAGGAUGAAGGGCACUUCGGCGAAGGGCAUUGAGCAGUUGGGGAAGAGGGACCUCAUCUGGCUGCCCGAGCAAGGUAAGCAGGAGCUGGUCCAACUUUUUCAACUUAUCGAACAGUCAGUGGCAUGGCCUUGGCAACUUACGGUGGUUCUGGUCACUCUUCUACGCAAGCCGAGCGGUGACGACAGGGCCAUUGGUAUAUUAUCGACCUUGGCGAGGCUCUGGUCGAGUUGUCGAGGCGAGUACCGUGCCAGCUGGACUAAGGCAAAGGCUGGGCAUUGGGAUGCAGCAGUGGCAGGUUCCUCAGCCUUGCGCGAGGCCUUAGCUCGCAGCUACCUGGACGAGACGGUCGCGCUCACCACGAUUAAAGAUUGGGUGCAGGCCAGCGUGCUGUGGGACAUUGAGGGGUUUUACGACGCUCUCAAGUGGCAGCUCUUACUGGAGACUGGUAUGGAGCACGAUUUUCCACCGUGCAUCUUGGCAUUGGAGAUGAUUUUACACAUGGGAGUGCGUUUCCUCCGUGACAGUGGUUAUUAUUAUGAUGCCAUCAUACCCGAGCAGAGCAUGAUAGCUGGACUUGGCGGCGCAGUGGAUUUCUCUCGCUGUUCUUUGUACAACAUCUUGGACAGAGUGGCGCAGGGGUCUCCUGGUGUUACGGUCAGGUCUUGGGUGGAUGACGUUUCUCAAAGAGUGGAAGGCAGAUACAAAAGAGUCCUCGGAUUAGCCUUGCAAGCUGGUUUGACUUUUGCAAAAGGUUGCUCUGAGGCAGGUUUGGUGAUAUCGGCAAAGUCGACGACUGUCACCAACAAUGCUGGGCUAGGCAAGGAGUUGAAACGAGGAUUCGCCAAGGAGGGCUUCGAGGUCAAGAUCGAGAGUGUCGCCACCGACUUGGGCAUCGAUCGAGGUACGCUUGGUUUUCGGCGUCCGAAGCAGGCUCAGCGGCGAAGAGGUGCUCAGCAGCGUUUCACUCGAGUCAAGCGGUUUGCUCAAGGUGCUGUUCGCAAGAAGACCGGCGCAAAGUUGGCCAUGAUGGGUGUUCUUCCGAUGGCUGACUACUCGGACAAAGUCUUUGGAGCGGCUCCGUCGGUCAUCAACGGCUGGAGGAAAGCUCCGGGACAGACCCUGGCAAAGAAAUGGCCAGGUCGUUGCCUUACCACUCUUUUACAACUUCGCGUCGGCCGCAAGGACCCUCAGUACCAGAUCGUGCACAGGCUGGUGGAAUCUUGGAUGUCCAUUAUCUUCAAACCAG